CCCUGGGAGUGGAGACAUAUUUUUUACAGUCUAUGGUGGAGACUGAGCGGUACAGGUUUGCUCCUUGGUGUCACUGCUCACUGUUCCUAAAGGACUUUACACUGCUGUCAGAAGCUACCACCUGAAGGGGCCAGGUGAAGAAAGAGCUGCCACCAACACAGAUGUAAACCAUGCAAAUCAUGUGAAUCAAGACUCUGUAUCGGUUAUUCAUUAACAUUUAUGGAUAGGCACAGGGAGAGGAGGACAGACAUAACAAGCUCAGAGUUUUUGGAAUAGGCUAAUGGGUGCCAAGUUUACCAUCUGCUGCUGUCACUACUAUCUGAGUCACAGCAGGGAAGAGAAGAAUGCUAUUCUGCGUUUGCGAAACAGCAAAGCUGCCAGACAACCAGAGGUGUUAUCCAGUGACUCUAGUGACACCGAUGAGGAGAGCCUAUUUGGGCCACAUCCUCCCAGGAGAAACCCCUGGAACGAACAGCCGAGCCAGAGGAGCACGGUGGAACCCUGGGCCACUAAAAACAAAUACCCUGAUAAAGAGCUUCAGGCUUUUAUCAACAUGAGAGACCAGACUGACCAGGCCACAGAGGAAUGGGAGAAGCUGAAUUAUGACAUUUACACUAUACGCUAUGCCAGACGUGAAGUCAGAUCUCGGUGGAAGAAAAUCCUGCUGCAGCUAGGUUAUCAGUGUGAAGCAGAUGCCUUGCUGUGUGUGAACAGACAGAGCCGCUUCAGUCCAGAUCAGGAGCACCUCAACAAAGCGAAGGAGCUGUUGGGACAGCUGCUGGACCACACCUCUCUGUUUCCUCCAAAAACCGGGCACCAGAAGAGAUACCUCUAUGUCAUGGACCGCCUGGUGUCACUGGACAGCGCUGAGGACUUUGUUAGACUGGCCAAAGUAAAGUAUCCUAAGAAAGUGGGCUGAGAGAGAGGGAGGAGAAUCAUGUUUGAGGACUCUGUAUCAGUAACCUUGUUUUUAGUAUUCACAAUUACUCCACUCUUUUCAUUACAGACCAAUCGCAUUCAGAUAGAAAUUUAAAACACAUUGUAUGUCCUGUUCAUUUAAUGAUUUGUUUUCCACUUGAACAUUUUUGGUUUGCACCAAUCCUUCGAUAAUAUUGUUUCAGUCUAACAUGUUUUUAUAUUGUUUUCUUAAAAUAGAGGUGUUACUCCUCCAGCACUUUAAUUGCACUGAUAAACUUACCAAGCUUGUGAAUGUGCUGUUUUAGUGACCACCCUUCAAGUUUAGAGUGUUACAGAUGGCGUUACAUUAGUUUUACUGCUUGUUUUAUCAUUUUCUUCUUAGAUAUAAUGAUUCAAAUGAGCUUAUACAUGUAUAAUGAUAAUAAGAAUAAUGACUCCACAAAUAUUUUUUACACAUUUGUAAUUAACUAAAAACUGUUAAUGAAUAAACCUGUGUUUCUCUA